AUGAAGACAAGGAGUGAUGCAUUGGAUGAUGGCUAUGGCUCGGUUGGACCUAUUCGGCAUAUACGGAAUAAGUUUGCUUCAGAAGCUCGACACAGAGGAUCUAUUUCCAUAUAUUCUUCUCAAAGAGCUUCUCCACAGGUAGAAAAAUCCAGUGUUUCCAAAGGUUUCUUGCCUGCUAUGGAAAAGAAUAUGGAACUUGGUGGAACAAGUGGUGCUUCAAAGUACCAGUCAGUAGAGCAUAUGGUGCACAGUUCUGAAGAGGUUGCCCCAACUUCUAAUCCUCCAUGCAAUGAGGUUCUUAACAAAAUAAUUGAGCACCUUGAUAGACACAGGCCCACACCUGCAGAAAAAGCAGCUGAGUUGAAGCUAGCCACUGAAUGGAAAAAAUCUUCUCCUUCUGAAGUCACUGGUGUCUUGCCAAAGGAAAAUUCCAGCUUACUACAUCUAGGAGGGAUUGAUUCGCAAAAAAACAUAGAUUUAGUUGACAAGAAACUUUCUGCUGGAGGAAAUGGUGAUAAUGGGAAGUCAAAUUAUGAUGUUAAAUAUCAGGAGAGAAGUAAUAAUGAAGCUACUAAUGCUAUAGAUGGAAGUAUUAAAGCUUCUAGCGCAGUCAUUGGUGAUACUGGUGUGACAGGUGACGCCAAUGCAGGGCCUACGUUAGGUUUCAAAAAUACAUGUGACUCUCGAAUCAUGAGCACAAAUAAGUUCGUCUUUAAGAUUGUCUACCUUGAAAGAAAUCAUGCAUGCUCCAUUAACAAUCAGGCCUUACACUUUGGUAUAUUUGCAUCGCUAGAGAUCUCUGGGGAUGUUCGGGUCCAGGGUGUACUCAGGGCUGAGCCUCCAUUGAAGCAAGUUUUAGACAAUUUGAAGCUGACAAAUUUGAAGGCUUUUGUGGCCACUGAUGAUAGACCGAAGGAGACAAGUCAGCUUUGGAGAUUCCCCAAUCAAGCUAAUGGGCCGGAUAUCACAACCAUAUCCAAUGCUGUGAAGCCACAAUCGCAUCCUUCCGUGACAAAGCCUAAUUUGGCAUCUAUUUCUAUCGAUAAGCCUGACCCACGACGGGGAAUUUCUUCUGAUAAUGGCUUUGGGUUCACUUUUCCUGUUUCUGCAUCUUCUGAUGUACUAUUGGAACCACCAACACCGUCAAUCAUGCCCUUGUUUUCGGCCACUGGUCUUCCUCAGCAGCCCGCACUUCCUUCUUACAGUUUCGGCACCAAGAAGUCUGCCAAACGCGUUGUUUUCUCGUUUCCUUCUUCGAGCAGUGCCUCUGCCCACGAUGAUGCUUCGGAUAUUAAGUUCAGCUUCGGAUCAGACAAGAAGAAUAGGAUAUCUUUCACUUCAAUUGGGAAAGAUGCCAUCUGCUAUUAA